UUUUGCACCAUGGCAACCUACCAAUAUCGGCAGAAGCCCCUGACAACCUGUCCAUACAAUCCUGCGCACCAGGUGAAGCUCAGCCGGCUCCCGAUCCACAUCACCAAGUGCAAGAAGGCAUACCGAGAAAAGCAGAUGAAGCAUUGCCCGUUCUCAGCUGAACAUGUGGUUCCUGCCGGUGAGCUGAUGCAGCACAUCUGCUCUUGCCGUAUGAGCAAAACAGUAGAAGACUUCCUCGUAGAGAAAGACAAGCCCACGGGGGAUGUUUCCCUGCCGCCUGCUUCCAAGGAUGUGCCAACAGAGGAGAACUGGGAAGAAGAGACCAGCGUAUCCACCAACCUGGAGGACAAGAUUCUCAGGCCGUCUGUGACUCCCGUGUUUGAAAAUGUCCAAGCGAUGGCACCGGCAGAACGCCGGCACUACUAUGCAUCCCUGUACAGCCAGGCAGAUGAGCAGUUGCCGGGCGAGAUGAAUCCAGGAGUGUUCCCCCAAGUGAAGACACUGGAAGAGGAGGAGGUGGAGAUGCUCCCCAUGCCCAAGACAGAUUCCAAGGUUCUUCUGCAGCUGAAGGCAAUGGAGGAAGCCCUGAAGAGGAAGUAUGGUCCAGGGGUGCUAGUUGACGACAGUGACUCUGGUGACAGUCAUGACGAGCCGGACCAGUUGUUCCCAAAGCAGGUGCACCGCAUGGGACUGGGCCGUGGCUACGCUUCGGCUGCUGCUGCCAAGGCCAAAGCUGCUCAAGCAAGCAAGGGCGACUUGGAAGCGGAAGUACAGUCGCGGAUGAAGCUCAUGGGCCUUGGACGUGGGCGUCCUCUUCCCCGCGACUGAUGAGUGGCAUCAGGAUGCCCUCAGCAGCUCCUGGGCACAGCGCUCUGUACAGGCGACGGAGAUGUGUUUGAUUGAACAGACACCUACGAGCUUCCUUAAUGCAGUUUUUAAGAUGUAACAGUAGUGCAAAGGAUAAACUUCUGAAGUCAUUCUUUACAUCACAUCAUUUUUAAUCAUCAUGUCAAACUGCGCAUGCACAUGAGCAGCCAUCAGCUGCAGUGAUUUAUGCAUAGCGUAGUACUCUUUGUUAUUCACUCAUUGUUCAACUUUUAAAGCUUUGUGUUGUCUCUCCCAAUCAUUCUGUUUUUGGUGUGGCCA